UCCAUUCAUUCCUAUCCUAUGGAGGACUGCUCCUUCUGGGGAGUGCCAAUAUGACUGACCUGUGGCUUCAAAGUCACUCGGUGGCCAAUUCACAUAAUGCAGUCCAGGGUUUGUAUACAUCACUGGUGAGAACUUGCGUUUCCAAGCAACGCGUCCCUCCUGAAACAGGCAACGAGGAAAUAAUGGUAGCUAAAGUGAGGGGAUGAGCAGUGGCAAAAUGAAAGUGGUGGGCCGCCUCUCCCGAGCGGCGGAGGCCAAACGACGGAUGGCAGAUGGCCAGGACAUGCUGACCUCCAUGACACAGAUGGUGGCCUGCACCCAGGACAUCCAGCAGAGAUACCGCAGCAUCCUGGGGCCACUGUCCCUCUUCUUCCAGUCCAACCCUGAGGGAGAGAAGAGGGCAGACAGGGUCCAGGAGGAGAGAACAGUGUCCCCGUCGGUGUCAGAGGGGGUGAAGGCCAACCCCACCUCCCUGGCCGACAUGCGUCAGCAGCUGCAGUACCGGAUCCAGGAGCAUUCCGUGCUCCACUCCACCCCUGUGGAGGAUCAGCAAGCUCUGGCGGCGGUAAUGACGUCAGAGCUGGGCCUGAUCUGGCAGGACCUGAAGGGGCUGAUGGACGAGCCCACGCUGAACCAGGAGGAGAACAGGCAGCUGCAGGCGGAGACGUGCCAGGAGGUGCUCCGCAUCUGCCAGGAGCUCUACCUCAACUAUCUCCACCUGCUGGACAGGCUGAGGCGCCGCGCCGUCUUCAGCGACCAGGCCAACCGCAGCCGCCUGGGGGCCCAGAUGGCCAUAGACUGCACCAGCCUUUUAAACGUCCACUCGAUCAGACGCAGCGUAGCGGCAGGGAUCAAGGCUACGCGGAGAGCCCGGCAGAGCGCUGAGAGACCCAGAGCUGCCGGACGCGACCUGAAGGGGGCGAUGGAGACACACACAGCGCUGCCAUGCAAACUGGACUUUGGUCUGACUCUGCAGACCAAGGCUGGCUGCAAGAAGAGCGGUGCCUCCAGGCAGGGCAAAAACCCUAUCGAGAGGGACCUCCGAGAGAUGACUGAGAAGAUGGGAGACAUGGACCUGGAGCAGGUCUAUGACCUGAUGCCCUGCCACCUGGAACUGAUCACUAACAAAGAUGCAGCGCGGGCCAGCUUGGCCAAUGUUUCACAGUCAGAUGAGGAACCCAGCAUGUAUUACCAUGGCUACACCAGACUAAAGGGCUGUAGUUCUAUGCCAGACCUGCAGAGGGAGACUCUCCUGGAGGAGCUGGAGAUGGAGGCCCUGCCUGCCAGACCCCAGUCGCCUCUGGUGCUGCUGGCCACUGGGCCCUGCUCCAACAUCGAGAAGCCCAUUGACCCUGCCCACGACCUCAGGAGGUGUGUGCGGUUGCUACAGGACAGAGUGAUUGUGGAUCAGGCUGUGACAGACUCUGACACAGACCUCCCUCCUCUGAUCAAGGCCCUGGCGUGGAGAGGUUCCACCAAACUACAACAGCUCACACACACUCUGCAGAAACAGGAAGAGGAGGGGGAGAAGAGGGAGGGUGCCAGUGGAGGAAGGUACAGGGUGCCAGUGGAGGAACCGGAGAACCCCCAGGGAGCUGUGGUGAACGUGGCCCUGUCCCACGUCUCUCUAGCCCGCACAGCCGCUGCCCGCGUCUCAGACAGGGUUCUCCGCGACACCAUUAACAUCCACACGUAUCCACCCGUCUACAACUACCUCACCAAAGAGCUUGAGCUGUCUUCAGUGCAAUGGCUGGAUCGUAACCUGUUUGCUGGGGAAGAAAUAAAGGAAGUCUAUAAGGAGUUAUCCAAAAGCAAAUCUACACAGUAUCUCAACUUCGAUGAGGACCCCAUGAUAGAGCCAGCCCUGACCAACAUCAGAUGGAGUCUGAAGAAGAAGAACCACCAGAGGUUCAUCAACCCACAGCUGAAGAGACAGAACACCAACGCCAUGUCCCACAGGAAAAGGACCGAGAUCCCAGCGGACCAUAAGAAACCGGAAGACCAGAAUUCCCGGGCCUUCACAGCCUGGCUGCAGUGGUGGAAGACUGACCUCUCAGUCGAGGACUACCUCCGAUACAUCACCAAUCAGGACAAUGACUACCUGUGGGCGGCGUUCCACCAGUACGAUAGUGGCGAUAGUGACGAUGAGGAGGACGAGAGAAGGAGACUGCUCCAGCUACGAGGAGACGAGAGGAAGAAGAGGCGGAGGCAGAAGAUGGAGGCUCUAAAGGGUCAGAAGCAGGAGUACGUGACAGGGGUGUGGAACGUCAACACAGUGCUGCUGGGAGGGCUGUGGAAGGAACCCGAUCUGGAGGAGGAGGAAGAGAGCCCAGAUGAAGAAAUAUCCAGCCCUAAACAGAAGGCCUAUAAGAGGACAGUGAGUGAGGGGAGCAAGGAGGCCAGUCGAGGGGGGGUGAUGGGAGAGGGGGACCAGGUCCAAAGCAGGCUGGAGAGGAUCUGGACACUCCUCUGCCUGCCCGACACCUACAGACUGGACAUGGCCAUUAAGUACAGCUCCCACGCACGCAGGGACCAGCUGGAGGAGGCCACAGCAGCAUGGGAGCGCGCUGCCCGUCUCAUCCAGCAGAGGGAGUCUCUGCUGGCUCGUCUGGAGCUGUUUGAGAGGGACGCUUCUGACCCCAACCGCUUCUUCCUGCAAGGCUACCGAGGCACCUCUCUAGCCAGGAUGGAUGAGUCCAAGCACCGGAGAAAACUCAACUCCCAGAUCUGUUCUCUGGAGAAGGUUUUGUCUAAGAUUCUCCACCACAUUACAGACAGCUUCCAUGACACUGUCACCUACAAGGGGAGGCCGUACAGGGAGAAGAUGCGCUGGGACCGCAUCGAGAUGCUCUACUGGCUGCAGCAGGAGCGCCGGGUCCAGGCUCUGGAGAGGGUGGUGGAGGGGAGGGGCUCUCUCCCCACCAGACUGCCCCCCCUCAACCCCAACCUUCAGCUGUACCCGGGCACCCACCCCACCCCCCAAGGACAAACCCCGACCCUCAGCCAGAGACCCCACCCUCACACACACAGCCCCUCCAACCCAACCCAGCCGAGCUCAGUGUAACCAGUAUAAGUUUGAGCGUUGUAAGCAAAUAAAUAAAAUGCUUGGAAAAUUGUUUGUAUGCAUGCACUGCUUGGAUGGAAAUAUUAUAUUUGAUCAUUUGUAUGUAUUCAUAUUAUGUAUAAUCCAUUAUCAUUAUCCCUUGUCAAGUAAAUGUAUGAACGUGAUUGGAUAAUAUAUAUGCACUACUAGUAGGUUCAUAUGACAUUGUCAACAUUUGAUAUGGUGAAUAUUUUGUCAUUAAUCAUUUACAUUAUUUUGUUCUGAAUGUGGCAGAAACAUGCAACUCUAAGUGCCAUGACAAAAGGAACGCUGUUUGCACUAUGAGUCUAUUUCGGGCCACUGUUAAGUGUCUUAUCAGUAUUGCCAAGUGCAAUACCAAAGAUACUGAGCUAGCACUGCAGGCCUACAAGUUUACAAUGAACAACAAGCUGUCACGUAUCACCAGGCAGCCAGCUCCCAUCUGCCUAGUUACAGUCAAGUGCAUGCUUUAUCUCACCCUCUCACGUGUGCGCGAAACGCCACCGCAUUGGUCAUUUCAGACCGGGGGAAGUUGUUUUUGUUAUAAUUCAGGAAGAACCCUACUCAUUUCAAAAAUAGGUGGGGAUUUUUGUCAGAAUUACAUUAUUUUGAAAGGAAAUUAUUAUAAACUUGAGCACUUAUCGAGUGUGGAUAGCGAGCUCCUGUGUCGAGCAAAUAGAUACAUGUGAGUAAUUGUGUUUCAUUUGUUUCCUUACAACUUAUUACGAGUGAAGUAUGUGCCACCUUCAGUUAUAAAGUGUUGUUCCUAUCUUGUUUUUAUAAACAUACAAUGUUUGUCUGCCUGUGGAAAUAAUAAACGUAUAAAUAGCG